GCGCACUAUUUUAUGUCGUGCUUCCUACCAUCACGCGGAAGAUACACGUGAUAACUUUUGUGCUACUGCGCGCGUCUUUGGGCGGCAUCGGCAUUAUAGGUGUGCGCACUGAUCCCGACCAAGUGUCGAUUUUUGGCUUUGAUCAAACUUCUUGCAGUGAAAGACGGUAUGGCAGGAAACUUGAAACUGGGCGAGCUGGUCAUCGAGGGGAAGACGAAGAAAGUGCACAAGAUCGCCGGGGAGCCAGGUCAUGUGGUUCUCAUCUCCAAGGAUCGCAUCACUGCUGGAGAUGGAGCUCGGGCUCACGACAUGGCGGGCAAGGCUGCCAUCUCCAACACCACGGCCUCCUCCCUUUUCCAGUACCUCAACGACGUCGGCGUGAGGACUCACUUUGUCCGCAAGAACGAUGACCGCUCCUUCGUGGCCAGACACUGUGCGAUGGUGCCCAUAGAGUGGGUGAGCCGCAGGGUGGCCACAGGUUCUUUCCUCAAGAGGAACCCCGGAGUCAAUGAAGGGUACCGCUUCUGCCCACCAAAGCUGGAGACCUUCUACAAGGAUGAUGCCAACCACGACCCUCAGUGGUCCUACGAGCAACUGGUCGAAGCCAAGCUCAAGUGUGGCAGUGUUGUCAUUGGACAAGAGGAAGUAGAGAUCAUGUACAGGACUACGAGGACUGUCUUUGAGGUGUUGGAGAGGGCCUGGGCGUCCCUCAACUGCAGCCUCAUUGACAUGAAGGUGGAAUAUGGCGUUGACAUGGAGACUGGUGAACUGCUGUUGGCCGAUAUUAUUGAUAGUGACUCGUGGCGUUUGUGGCCCGCUGGUGACAAGAGGCUCAUGGUGGACAAGCAGGUGUACAGGAACCUGAAGGAAGUUACAGAGAAGGACCUGGAAACAGUGAAGCGUAACUUUGCCUGGGUGGCUGAACAGAUUCAGAAACUGAGCCCCAAGCCCAAAUCUCAGGUUGCAGUGGUAAUGGGGUCCCUCAGUGACCGAGAACACUGCGAAAAGAUCCAAAAGGCUUGCCAGAGGCUCGGUGUGCCUUGUGAAGUCAGAGUUGCUUCGGCUCACAAGAACACUGACCAGACACUCAACUUGAUUGCCGAAUACGAAGGUGAAGGCAUUCCCACUGUGUUUGUAAGCGUGGCUGGGCGCAGCAACGGCUUGGGACCUGUUACUUCUGGAAACUGCUCAUUCCCCGUAAUUAACUGCCCACCCGUUUCUGGCGAAUGGGGGCCUCAUGACAUCUGGUCAUCCCUCCGUGUUCCAUCCGGACUGGGCUGCACGACUGUGCUGUUCCCCGAAGCAGCCGCUCUUGCGGCAGCUCAGAUUCUGGCACUGAGCGACCACGUCAUCUGGGGCAGGCUCAGGGCCAACCAGCACAACAACUGGGUGGCUCUCAAGCUGGCUGACAAAAAGGUCAAGGCUGAACAAGCCAUCUGAAUGGUGUCUGCCAAUACUCUUGCCAAAGGUGCCCUUCUUUAGCUACAUGCUUUAACGCAUGACGUUUUUCUAAACAUAGUCAAUUUAUGGGAGGCUAGCAAAUUUGCGUAUAAAAUGGAAAUAAAUGCAGCUACUCUGUACAAUG